CUUUCCCAGUGGCCUAUGUGCUGCAGGAUUUGUGUGUGUUGGAGGAGCCUCUGAACCUUCACCAUUAGACAACCUUCAUGGAUUCCUGUGCCCUCUUGGGUUCUUUUGCUCCAUGGGCACAUCUGUACCAAAACCAUGCCCAAAAGGAACAUUCAGUGAUCAGAUUGGGCUUGUGGACGAGUCUCAGUGUCGCCGCUGCAGUCCUGGUUCCUACUGUUCAGGGACUGGCCUCUCUGCUGUGUCUGGACCCUGCCUGCCUGGUUUCUAUUGUCUAGAAGGAUCCCACACUGCUGCUCCCGUCCUUGGAGUGUCUGGAGCUGUUUGUCCUGCCGGCCACUACUGUCCACCAGGCAGCAGUGUGCCAUCACCCUGCCCUGCUGGGUCUUACCAGAAUGAGACUGGAGGAAAAGACAAAGAUGACUGCAGACCAUGUCCUCUUGGCUGGUUCCAGGAUUUGACAGGACAGAAGGAGUGUAAUCCAUGCCCUCCUGGGUUUCACUGCCAGGCCCACAGUCUCAGCCCAACCAGAGGGAGCUCCAGUGGGCUUUCCAGCCCUCUGCCCUGUCCAGCCGGUUACGUCUGUCCAAGAGAAAGUCCACACAGUCUGCCGGUCCCCUGUUCCCUCGGCACAUAUAGUCCCACUCCGGGUCUCACCACCACAGGUGAAUGCCUUGAGUGUCCAGCGGGUUUGUUCUGUGGCUCCGAAGGCCUCGCUGAACCCUCUGGUUCUUGUACUGACGGAUUUCUUUGUCUGGCGGGAGCCACCGUGCCCAACCCCACUGACAACAGAACUGGAUCUCUCUGUCCACCUGGGAUUUUCUGCCAGCAGGGGCUCAGAGCAGGUGAUUGCUUGUCAGGAUUCUUCUGUGACUGGGGUUCUAGCAGGGCCGAUCAGACUCUAUGUCCAGUUGGUUUCUUCUGUCCAAGGGGAACACCAGUUCCCUUGCCCUGCCCAGCAGGAACAUUCAACCCUUUAACAGGCAACGCACACCAGGACAACUGCACCACGUGUCCCCGUGGAUACUACUGUCAGGGUGAAGGUACUGUACAGCCUGCACUAUGUCCUGCUGGGUAUUACUGUCCUCCUGGACUGAUACUUGGGUUGGAGUUCCCAUGCCCAUCCGGUACGGUUCAGAACCAGGUUGGAGCCUCCACUCCUGAUGCCUGCACACUUUGCCCGGCUGGAAUGUUCUGCUCUCAGCCUGGUCUGUCACAGCCGACAGGUCUAUGUGAAGGUGGAUUCUACUGUCCUGCUGGAUCAACCAGCCCAAACUCAACAGCAUAUCAGACUAACUCCACCAGAAGCUCUCUUUGCCCUUCUGGUCAUUACUGCCCUGUUGGUACUGGAUACCCUCUCCCUUGCCCACACGGUUCUCUGUCCACCUCUGCAGGACUGAAGGACAUUGAGGAAUGUUCCCUCUGCCCCCCUGGUCUAUUUUGUGACAGACCAGCCUUAGUGAAGCUCACAGAUGCACAACCAUGUCAUGCUGGAUAUGUAUGUCUUGGUGGAAGUUCCACUCCAACCCCAUCAGAUGGUUUCUUUGGUUACCUGUGCCCUGCUGGCCAUAGUUGUCCUGUUGGCUCAUCAACUGAGAUGUCUUGUGAACCUGGCACUUAUAGUCCAUCUCCAGGAGCAGCUGACUGUAUAAUAUGCCCCAAAGGGACCAUGUGUUCUUCUUCUGCCACAGUGGAACCCUCUAUCUGCCCAACUGGUCAUUUUUGUCCUGCUGGGACAGUCUGGCCUCAGCCAUGCCCUGUAGGGACUCUCAGCAACCAGACAGGAGCUCACUCUGCCUCUGUGUGCACAGCCUGUCCCUCUGGAAUGUAUUGUAGCUCAUACGGAGCUUCAACACCACAGGGUCCAUGUUUACAGGGGUACUUCUGUCAGGGUGGAGCACAAGGACCAACACCUCACAACUCUGCUGACUUCCCCAAGAAUGGCCCGUGUCCUGUGGGACACUACUGUCCAGCAGGGUGCCUCUCUCCAGUUCCAUGUCCUGUUGGCAGUAUUCGUAAUACAACUGGAGGUGUCUCCAUGGAGAGCUGCUCUGCCUGUUCACCAGGUCACUACUGCACUGCUGAGGGUCUGGCCAGCCCCAGUGGCCUCUGUGCUGCUGGCUUCUACUGUCCGUUUGACUUCUCUUCAACUACUCCAUAUGCCUUCCUCUGUCCCAAGGGCCAUUACUGUCCAGAAGGCUCUGCUUUGGCCUCGCCUUGUCCCACUGGAGAGUACCAGCCAAACCCAGGUUCAGACACCUGCAUCCCCUGCCGACCAGGAUUCUACUGUGAGGAGGCCGUGGUGGGAGAACCACAGCCCUGCCCACCACACUCAUUCUGCCCUGCAGGAACCAUGGUGCCUCAGCCCUGCCCUAACGGAACAUACACAGAGUCAGACCAUGGAGGUCUCCAGGAGGAGAGGGAGUGCUUAGCCUGUCCUCCGGGAAAGUUCUGCAGAGGUGGUAGGAUCCAGGGUAUGUGUGCUCCCGGGUAUCUGUGCAUUUCUGGAAGCGCAGAUUUCACCCCUCAGGGACAGAUCUCCAACUGGACUGAGUGUGAAUGGGGGGAACAGUGUGCUGGCCCAUGUCUUCCAGGUUUCUACUGCACCAAAGGCACAGAGAAGGCUGAGUUAUGUCCUGCCAACACCAUUAGAAACUCCCCAGGAGGUGCAAGCAUAGAUGAUUGCCUUCCAUGCCCUCCUCAGCACUGGUGCAAAGCUGGAGACCCCGUCCUUCAUCUGUGUCCUGCCGGGCAUUACUGUGAUGGUUUACCUGGCAGUGACUUUAAUGGAGGCUCAGGACCCAGGCCGUGCCCUUUGUACACCUACCAAGCUGCUCUGGGGGCAGGUAGCAAAGGUGACUGCCUGCCCUGCCCUCCUGGAUCACACUGCAACAGCACAGGGCUGACAGACUACUCCAACAGUCCAUGUCCUCCUGGUUACUGGUGUAGUGGGGCUGGUCCUCCUAUCUUCUGCCCAGCAGGCACCAAGAGGCCCAUUCCUGGUGCUGUAGCACCCAGCCAGUGUGAGCCCUGUACUGGUGGAACCUUUUGCCCAGACCCUCGCACUACAGGACAGCCCAAUGUGCAUGGGAUUCCCUGCAGGGCCUCAUAUCAGUGUCCCUUGGGCUCAGUCUCAGAGACACUGUGUCGGGCUGGCUCUUACUGCGGCCCUCAGACUACUGAGCCUCAGGUCUGUCUCGAGGGUUAUUUUUGUCCAGUUGGAUCUCAUUCCUACAAUACCCCCAAACAACUCUGUCGGUUUCCCUACUACUGCCCUGCCAAUAGCUCCGUCAUGCUGUCCUGUGAAGGCGGUUCCAUUCCUGUCAAUACCAGCGGGCUCAGAGGGUCCAAAAGCAGCUGUUGUCGUUUAUGCGAGGGGGGUACUUACCAUCCAUACCUCUCCCCCAUCACAAAAUGCCUCACGUGCCCACCAGGGUACUUUUGUCCUCCAGGAACAGAUGACUUCCACAGCAACUCUUGCCCUCUUGGGUAUGUCUGCCCCGUGGGAUCCACCCGACCAAUCCCCUGCCUCCCUGGCUCCUUCAGUAACACCACUCAUGCUGAGAACAUGAGUGACUGCCACCCAUGUCCAGCCGGCACCUUUAACCACCUGCCCGCCCAGAAGGCCUGUUUUCCGUGUGGCAGCUCCUCCACUUCAGUCUCCGGUGGGGUUCCAUUUGGUUCCUCAGAUCAAACAAGCCGCUUCUGUCUGAGUAAAAAGUAA